GCACUAAUCAUAUAUUGAAAAAGCAUUUGAUAAAAAAUAAAGGUUGUUUUGUUUCAAUAAACCAAAACACUGCUUGCCAUUUCAGUGAAAAUUUGCAUAGCCUUUGGUUGUUAUAUUAUAUAGAGCAAAACAUAUUACAAAUUAAAUUAAUAAGAUAAAGAAAAGGGAACAACCCCUCAAUACAAUAUCAGCUGUCUAGUUAAGAAAAUGCCUACACAAGGUAGCUGAGACUACAUAUAGGAUAUCUUUACUUGAGAUGUUUUUAAAACUAACAUAUUUUUUUUUCAAUUUCUGCAUGUGCGCAUUGCUAACACUAUCAGAUGCACAACAAAAAUUUGAAUAUGAAAAUAUUACAUUGAGAACAUGGCACCACCCACCAUAUCACAACUCAAAUAAAAAUGAAGGAAAAACCAUCUGAUGGCAUCACUGUUAUCGCAUCAUCUACCAAUGCAAACUUUUCUCCAAAAUACUUCAGAAAUGAAAUAUUCUUGAAAACGAACAUGGUUGUCAUUGUAAGAACGAGGGAACUUCUCCUUCUCGUCAAACUUUGGACUGGAAUUCAGGAUUGCUUUAUCUUGAUUCACUUCGUAGUAGUUGCUACUAUCUUGAUGGCUGCGCUGGUGUGGUUAUUUGAACAUCGCACAAAUGAAGCUUUCCCCAAAUCUUUUGGCGAGGGGCUGUGGGAAAGUUUUUGGUUUAGUCUGGUUACGAUUGCUACAGUAGGGUAUGGUGAUAAAGUACCGAAACAAUUUAUCACUAGAAUAUUCUGUAUCGUUUGGAUCAUAUUUGGCAUGUUAAUAAUGGCAAUGAUAACAGCAACGUUGAUUGAAGAGAUUAGUAAACAGGUCGAGCUGGAUGGAGAAAACAUUGCCAUAUUGGAAACCAAAACAGCUAAAAAUAUGGUUAAACAGAAGCUGAAUGGGAAAGCAAAAAUUGAAUCGUCUUAUGAGGAUUUAUUCUAUGCAGUUAAAAUUGGGAAAGCUAAAGCUGGUUUGAUUGAUGCCAAUAUUGCUGGUGUGUAUUUAUCAAACGACUUUAAAGUUGAACGGAUUAUAUCAGGUGAAGUACCAGUCUACAUGUACAUUUCGUCAUUUUACAAACUAAGAAGAUGUAUGGUAAAUGAGGACAACGCUUUAGAGGAUAUAUUCAAGUUGGUUGAAGAUAAUGUCAAAACAAAAUACACCUCUCCUGUGUCGCCAACUAAAUUUACAACCAGAGCAUUUCAUACUGCCUUCGACGACAGCGAUGGUGGGUUGAUCAUGUAUACUACAAUUAUCGCUGGCUGUUUAAUUGCUAUAGCCAUUACUGUGGAAAGUGCGCAGUGGAUAGCAAGAAGAAAAAAGAAAAAAUGUCAGCAAAUUGAAAAUGAGGAUGAACAUAUAAGGAGACUUGAGCAGGAACUAAAAGAACUAAAGAAAAAAAUACAAAUAGCUAAAAAUAAGUUUACACAGCCUAAGGAAGUACAUUAUUUGCAAUAAUUAAUUGAUUGACCGAUAUAUACUGGAAAUUGUGGGGUAAAAAUAAAAAAUAUGAAAACAACAAAACCAUCAAUGCACAAAGUCAAAGUUUAUUGUAAGCUAUAAUAUUGCACUAUAAACCUCUGUAACCCACUUCAGAGUGUUAUUUAGAAAAUGGAGAUUUUAGAUUAUAAUUCGGUUUUUUUAAUAA